GCCCGCGUCGCACCGAGCGGCCCCCGCGCGCGGCCCGGCCAUGUCGAAGGCGGCGCCCACGGAGACGGAGCGCUGCAUCGAGUCCCUGCUGGCCGUGUUCCAGCGGUACGCGGGCCGCGAAGGGGACAGCUGCACGCUCUCCAAGAGGGAGUUCCUCGCCUUCAUGAACACCGAGCUGGCCUCCUUCACCAAGAACCAGAAGGACCCAGCCGUCCUGGACAGAAUGAUGAAGAAGCUGGAUUUGAACAGCGACGGCAARCUGGACUUCCCCGAGUUCCUGAACCUCAUCGGGGGCAUCGCGGUGGCCUGUCACGAGGCCCUCGUGGUGCAGGCGCCUCCCCGCUAGGGCCAGGCGGGGCCCGCGCGCGGUGAACACGUCAUGAGCAAGAACCACAGAACCCUGGCAUGGAUCCCCGCGAAACGGGGGCAUCCCCAAUCCUCCUUUUCUGAAUUAAAUAAAGGUUUAAAUCCUA